AGCAACUCCUCCCUUUUUUCAUUCCCUAUCUCCUUCGCUCCCUGCACUCCUCCUCCUCCUCCUCGUCAUCAUGCCCGACUGGAACUCGCCGGCUGAGAUCGCUCUGGACUCCACUAUAUUCGUAAAGCUGAUGCACACCUUGCUCGGCCUCUACACCUGGGAGUGGUUCACCUCGCUUCCGUUCGACUGGGAGGUCCUCACCGGUCGGAAACGGUUCAGAUGGCCGCUGAUCUUCUACUUUGCCAACCGAUAUCUGCUACUUGCAGCCCUGAUCGGCAUCAUCAUCGCCUUCGACACCACAAAAGAAAUUAACUGCCAAGCACUCUUUACCUUCAACCAGGUCGCGGGAGAUGCAGCCGUCGGAUUGGCCAGCAUCAAUCUGUCGCUGCGCACGCUCGCAAUCUGGUCGCAGAACCGCUGGAUCAUGAUCCUCCUCGUCCUCAUUAUCCUGGGACACUGGAGUCUCAUCCUGCAGGGUGUCCUGCUCAACGCAGUCUGGGUGCCCUCGCUCAACACCUGCGCGAUCACCAAGACCAACAGCACCAUCCUCGCUGCCACAUUCACUUACUCGAUGGCGUUCGACCUCGUCGUCUUCCUGCUCAACGCGUACAAGCUGGGCAUCCGCCGCCAAGGGACGAGCCGGCUCACGAAGAUGAUCUUCAAGGACGGGCUCAUUUUCUUCUUCAUCGCCUUCCUCGCGAAUCUCGUCGCGACAGUCUUCAUGAUUCUGAACCUGAAUUCCAUCAUGAGUGUCGUCUUCAAUGUUCCCGCGGCCGUCGCCUCGACCAUCGUCGCCACCCGCGCUGUGCGGAGACUGACCAACUUUACGAACCAAGGACCUGAGAUGUACCAACCUUCCGGGUCGUCGAACUUCAGAAGUCACAGCGGUGCACGUGCUCUCACAUCCGCAGGUGGGAAAACGACGAACAACGGCAUCGGCGGCGUACAUGUGCAGAUGGAGAUCAUCACUAGAGCAGAGGAGGGCAAUGUCAAAAAUCCCAAUGUGGAUUAUAUCCAGGAUAUGGGCCGUGAGACGGAGUACGAGCUCGAAGGCAAGGGCGCCGCCAUCUAGCAGACUUUCUUUCGUUGGUGUUACAAUAUGUACUUAGUAUUGGACUAGGCACGGAUGAAAAAACAACUUGUGCAAUAGA